AUGCAUAGUGAUUUGAACGUUCUAAAACACAAACUUAAUCUUGAUAUUAGUGAAUUUUUCACAAUAUUAUUCGACUAUAGCAGAAAUUUAAGUUAUUUUAAUCAUAUUUGUCAAGGAUGCAUAAAAUUAUUUGAUUUCUUUCAAAAUGAACUUGAUGAUUUUAAAAUUAUGCUUACGGAUAUGUUGCAAAUUAAUGAAAACAUCAAUGAAAAGAUUUUCUUAAUGAUCUAUCAAAAUUUUUGUCAACAUAUUUAUAAUCGUUACUCAGCAGAAAUGCACAAACUACUCACUUACUAUGAUUCGUCAUUUGAACUUUAAAAAAAUUCUUUAUUCUCUUUCCGAUUCUGAUAUUGACAAUCUCUAUGAAGCUGUUAAUAAUUGGGAUGAAAGAUUAAUCAACACAAAAGCAGUCUUGAUUUAGUCAUAUUGAAAACAUUUCUAGAUAAAGAUAAUGAUAAAAUUAAAAUGAUUGAUCAACAAUCAUUAUCAUCUCUUGUAUUGAAUAAGAUUGAAGAUUUUAAAUCAAUAAUUGAAUGUUUCGAAUUUUCUCUCACAUGAUUAUCUAGCAUUAAACAUAAUUUAUUUAUACGAAUUUGACAAACAGAAGAUUUUCAAAACGACGACAAAUUUUAGACAUUAUGGAAAAUAUAUCGUUUACUUUUGUAAGUUAUAGUCAAGAAAGACUUAAAGAACUUCUCGAAUUCAAUUAUUAUUAUGAUAUUACAGUGAAUUUCAAUGAUUUCAGUAUUAUUCGUUAUCGUACACGACUGUGUGAAAAUUCUAAUAGAAUUAAAAUGCAAAAUGAUAUACAACAAGAUAUUGAAAUGACCCAUUCAUUCGUUUCUAUUGUUAAUAUAUUGAAAACAUAAUCAAACAUUUGACACUACUCAAUAUGAUUGGCUAUUCAUAUAUUCAAUAUUUUCUAGAACCAAACAAUGCUUACAUGUAUCAAAGGUAAAUACAAUGAAUUGACUGAAUUUGAACAGAGAGUUGAAAAAUUACAAGUUGAGUGAGAACAUUAUCUAUGUGAAUUAUAUAAAGAACAUAUCGAGUUGACCUGUUUCUUCUAUCAGCAAGUUUGUAUUGUCGAAUGUUAUUUGUUCGAUCAAACAGCAAUCAUCGAUAAUGCUUAUCAUUUGCUCAAGUAUAUUGGCAUACAACCCAAACUAAUUCAAUACAAUUUUCAAUUAGAGAUAAAUGAAGAUCCGAUUGAUUGUAGGUGGAGGUGUGGAUACGAGCGCAGACAAGAUCCACAACUAUCAAAAGCCAAUAGCAUACCAAUAUCAACACAUCCACACCCUUAUCUAAAUAAUCGAAAAAUUUCUAAUAUUACUGUUUAACACUUCGUGAACAUGUUCGUCGUAAUUAAAAAGAAGCAUUAAUUGAUAAUAUUAAAAAAUGAUUUUGUUGAUCAUGAAACACAUCGAAUUACACAAUAUAAUUAUUAUACUCUUCACAUCUAACUCUAACACCUGUUUGAUCUGUUUUUUUUUUUAGUAAAACAACAUGUCGUGAAAAAGCUAUUUGGCUUUAACAUCAAGUACUUUUAGCAACAAAAAGUGAAUCAAUGUAUAUAAUGAAAUAUACCCAACUAGCCAUCCGAUGGGCUUUUCGAAUCGUCGAUUUAAGUCGACCGAUGGGUAUCGGAGCUCCAAAUCGAGCCCACGAAGUGCUACUUUUCGUUAGGUCGAGCACUCGGCAAUGGGUUGCUUCUACAAUUAUUUUACAGCUAAUAAUAUUCCAUUUCGAGGACUCGAGAUAUGAAUUCCGAUGCCCAUCGAAGAGCUUUUCCGAUGGCUGCAAAUUGAUACGAGUCGUAGAUCCGCGUGUGAUCGAUGUUGUGUACUGUUCCGAGAAGCUGAAAUUUCGACCCUCAAAACUUGGUAAAUUUUUAAAAAAAGUUUGCUUUCCGCAUUUUGAAACCACUUAUUUCCAAGUACUCAACACCUAUCGAAUAUUUUUUCAGAGCAGUAGAUUCGAACAUAUAUACUUACGAUUACGACGCUUGUACAAUCAGAUGAAUUAAACAUGACACUCAAACUUAGCAAACUUAUAUCUUCUGAUUAUACAUUAAAUAUUGAUAAGAUUUUUCAUAUAUGUUCUCGAGUAAUUUUUUUUUUUGAAAACUUAAAAGGAAUAUUGUUACUGUUGUUGAUGCAGAAAACAAACCUAACUAUAUUAAAUUUCGUUAUGUUAAAUAUCAAUUGUGUGAGAAAAUAUACAGUACACUUGCAUUCAUUAGACUUUUCAUGAUAAAAUUAUUAAAAAAAUGAGAAAAAAAUUAUGAUCAAUUUUACACAAUUUCUCUCUUUAGAAUUUCAAUAUUCUUGAUCGUUGAGAAAACUGUAAGAAUGCCUGUGAAAAAUAUGAGAUGAUGAUCUUAGAGUCAGACAUUCAAAAGAUUUUACAAUUAUAACAGAAUGACUUCUAUACUUAACGAGCAAUAUAAUCUGUUGUUCCUAUUUUAUUGUUUCAAAAUAUUUGAUACUUUCUAAUAUCUGAAUGGAAAUUAAUGCUGCAAUAAAAUAAAGAGAAAUUUUGAACUUAUCUUUCCUCUUCUAAGGACUCACCUAUAGAAAUAUUAUCUGUUAAUCUUAAUACUGUCGGAUGAUUAUAGAAAAAAUUAAAUCUAAUAAAAAUUCGUUUGAAAAAUUUCAAAAAAGCACAUUAAAAUGCAGUAUAAUUUCUACAAUAAACUUUAAAAAACAGAUUGAACAAACUCGACAGCUUCAAACUUUUUCACAAUGAACUUCUGUUCAAUAAAACAUUUAAAUAUCUACAUAGUAACAACUAAUCGAACAACGAUCGAUUUUUUCAUAAACCGUCUCAUUGAUGAGCUCUUUGCUGCUUAGACUUUGAAUGUCAAUGUGAUGUCAAGAGCUCAGAAUUUGCAAUGCGAUUAACUAUUGGUACUUCAUAAUGAUUAUUUUUUAAUACGAAAAGCAUAUAUAUUCAUAUUAUUUUUUUAUCGAUGGAUAUUAAAUAUUGUGCUAAAAACCAUGAACUCAUGGAUACCUCUACAACAGAAAAUAAUUGAUUGGAUGAAGUAAUAAAUCGAAAGUAUAGAAUCGCUGAAAAAAGAAUUUUAAAGAAGUUUCUAUUUAUCAAAAUUAAAUUGCAUAGUAACAGUUCUUUUGUUGCUAGGUUUUUCUCAUAGAACAAUGGCAACUUCAAUUAGCUUCGAGAGAUCGAAAUCACAUCCAAUUAUCGGAAGUAGCUCUUUGAUAGGCUUUAUCAUUUCGACUACUCGGUAAUUCGAUGGCCUUCGAGUGGUCGAAAUCUAUCGAAGCAGUCGAACAUCAAUGUGCGAUAGGAGGAUGAUUCCGAGGACUCCAUCUUCGAUGGGUUCGAAUAUCAAACAGAAUGAGAAAAAAAAAUACCUAUUUCAAGUUUCGAUCACUCGUAGCAUCCCUCACUGAUUUUUUUACGACCUGUUUAGGUAUAUCUAAAGUAAUAAAAAAUAAAUCUUUUGAAUUUCAAAUUUAAUUAGAAAGUCACAAUUUACACUUAUUCUAGUAUAGUGAAAUUACUAAAGCAACAAGAAAUAAUGCUAGUUUCUAUAUAACUGAUUCAAUACCAACAAUUUCUAUUAAAGCAUCAUCAUCUUCUUCACUUUCAUCAUUAUCAAAUAAAACAAUAAAUAAUAAUAUUAUUAAAGAUUUAUUAUCAAAAACAAAUAUUCGUAAAUCAUCAAAAAAAUGUAGUAGUUCAUUAGAUGAUAAUGGCAAAUCUACAAAUGAAAAAUUACCGUCUACUACUAUUUCAACUAAUAAUCGAAAGUAA